CAUGAAGUUUCUGCCUGCGCUCUGUGUGUGAAUUUAAGCUCGUUUUCAGGUGCAGAUGUGGAGCAGAAUAUUGAGUCCUGGUGUGAUUGGUAGGACAAGUUUCUGUUGGAGGAGUCUCUUCACCAUGCAGCUGAAGACCAGUGAGUUCCAGUCUCUGUUCACUGAUGGACUGAACGGACUAGCAGAAGUGUUUGAGAAGAACCAGCAUGAGCUGAGAAUAGCUGGAGGCGCCGUACGGGACCUGCUGUCUGGAAAACGGCCUGAAGAUGUGGACUUUGCCACCACAGCUACUCCAGAGGAGAUGAAGCGCAUGUUUCAAACUGCUGGUAUCAGGAUGAUCAACAAUAAAGGAGAGAAGCACGGGACCAUUACAGCUAGAAUACACAAUGAGAACUUUGAGGUGACCACAUUGCGGGUGGACGUUCAGACAGACGGACGUCACGCCGAGGUGGAAUUCACCACUGACUGGCAGAAAGAUGCGGAGAGGAGAGACCUCACCAUCAACUCCUUGUUUUUAGGUCUUGAUGGCAUGUUAUACGACUAUUUCAAAGGAUAUGAAGACCUGCAGAACCACAAAGUUCGGUUUGUCGGCAAUGCAGAACAAAGAAUCCAAGAGGACUACCUGAGAAUACUGCGCUAUUUCAGGUUCUAUGGCAGGUUGGCUUUGAAUCCCAAUGACCACGAGCCUGAGACACUGGCUGCCAUCAGGGAGAACGGACGUGGCCUGGCAGCCAUAUCAGGAGAAAGGAUUUGGGUGGAACUAAAGAAAAUGGUAGUUGGCAACCAUGCGGCUCAUCUGCUAGAGCUGAUGUAUACCCUGGAACUGGCCCAGUACAUCGGUUUACCACCAGAUGGCAAUGUUGAGGAGAUGAAACGAGUGUGGCAGAAAGCCAAAGACCACUCUCCCAAACCUAUGACCGUCCUGGCUGCCCUCUUCACCAGAACAGAGGAGGUGGAGAAGAUGGACAUCCGACUGAAGGUGUCCAGGGAGGAGAAGCACCUGGCUCUGUUCCUGGUCAAAUACAGACGGGAUCUCUGCAAGAGUAGCGACGAGCCAGAGAGCCUCAAACCCUUCACUGACUUUAUUAUCGAUGGUCGAUGUAGGGCCCCCCGCACCCGUUGUCUGUCCAUCCUUUGCAGGGAUUAAAUUAAGUUAAAAUCCUCUGUGCAGCAGAGGAGAGAGAGACAGUGGUGGAGAGGUGAUUACUGAAAGUGCAAUAAAAGCUUCGAAAGUAAGAAGCCAAGAAAGGUAAUUUAACAGUGUAAUCUGCACUAAAGGAUGGAGAGACUACCGGUGAUGGAAAAUACCGCCGUGCAGAAUGUGAUUUGCACCACAAUAAAAUAAAUGAUAGAGCAAAAUAUGAAAUGAUAGACAUUUUUCUCUCGUCACAUGAUAUCGUCAUACAAACAAACCUCCCCACUGAAUAUCUCUGCUUUCCUUUGAGUAAUAUACAAAUAUAUCUAAUACUAUCUAAUUAAUAUAUCUCAAACCUUAAGCUUCAGUUCUUUUCAUCAUGAUUUUUAACCUGACUCAACACAUUUGAAAUAUUGACUUUAAUUUCUUAAUAUAAAUAGAUAGAGUUCAAUAUUCAGAUGUGGUAAGUGUAUUUAGCUUCAAUACAAUACUAUUGAACCGCUACCCUAUCACUAAAUAAAGCAGUGUUAAACUAGACAGGAUGAGAGACUACACUGAACAGAAUAACUGAGAUCCUUUACAGGCCCAGAACACUUAUUUUCUCACUCAGCUUCUUAUUACAGAUGAUCCUGGAUGAACACUAAUCUUGUCAUCUGCCAAAGUUGGAACCAUUUAAUUCACAGGGCAGAUUUCUGUUUUCUUUUUCUUCUGCGCUCUUCUCACUGUUAUAGCUCAUUUGGAAACAUGUGGUGUCAUAUUUUUGUGCACAAAUCAGCAUUUAGGAAUAUUUGAAUCGAAAUCUGAAGACAGUUGCAGGUUGCUUGCUUCUGUCGCCAGACCACUAUCAAUAAAAUCUAAUCAAAUCACAUCCACACAGUCCUGAUAAAGCAGAUUAACUGAUUGUUUUAAUUAAAUAAUAUCUGAAGAUGUACUUUUUUUCUAACUGAACCUUUUGAUUGUUGCUUAUUUAGUCAUAAAUAUUUAAUAUUACAGAAUUGAAACAUUUUAAU